AUGAUGCAGCACCACCACCAGCUGGACCAGUGGCUCGCCGGCGGCGGCGUUGGCGGCGUGCUCCGGCCAACCAAGUCCGCACACUUCUCCCCUGUCAAGCCGGUGGCGGUGUACAUGCUGCGGACGCACUCUGACUCCUUCCACGUCGCCCACAAGGUCCCCGUCGGUGAUACCCCCUACGUCUGCGCCAAGCGCGUCCAGGACCCGGAGAAGGCGAUUGCGCUAUUCUGGGGCGCCAUCAACGUGGGCGACCGCGUGGACAGCGUACUCAAGGACAUGUCCAUUAUGAUGAAGCAGCAGAACCACGCCGGGGAGGCCAUUGAGGCCAUCAAGUCGCUCCGCGUCCGCUGCUCCAACCAGGCGCAGGAGUCGCUCGACAAGCUGCAGGCCUCCCUCCCUCCCUCCCUCCCUGAUGGCUCCAGGAACCCUAGAUGGCCAUGGCACUGUCCUCCCAUCUCAUCUCCCUUGGUGGUGAAGCAGAGCAGCCUCAUCCUCUUCAUGCUGGCUCAACUGCCUUUGAUUCUUCCUAUUUGCUUCCUUGCCUUCCAGAUGCGGCAGCUCAAGGGCGAGGUCGACAUCUUCUCCAGGGCCGACGGGUCGGCGCUGUUCGAGAUGGGCAACACCAGGAUAUGA